AUGGUAACCAGCAGUGUAUCCAUUGCGGCAGCGGCGCUGGUGCUGCUGAUCUCGGCAAAAGCCGUCGCCGCAGGGGAUCCGCCGAUGAUGAUUGGGCUGCCGGGCUGCGACACCAGCUGUGGCGACGUGAGUGUGCCGUACCCGUUCGGCAUGGGGCCGAGCAGGUGCUACAGGCCAGGGUUCAAGCUCACCUGCGACAAUGACGGAAGCAAGCCCCCGCGGCUGCUCCUCGGCGACGGCAGCGCUGGCACAUUCGAGGUCGACCGCAUCUCCCUGGACAACAGCUGGAUGCGCGUCGUCAGCCAUGGACUGCAAGCCAUCAACAUGAGUGGUCGCUCCGGUCGGUGGAGCCUCGGUGAGACCGCCGGCGGGGUGAUGUACUUCCUGCGUCCGAGGUCCAACGAGUUCAUACUGACGGGCUGCAACGUGCAGGCGAUGUUGCUGCGAAAGGGUAACCUCGAGAACAACCUGAAAGUGGUUAUGAAAUUUACCUACAAGAAUAGUAGUAACUGGCGGCGGAAGGCUGAUCAGCUCAGGGUCCCUGUGGUCCUCCAGUGGGCCGUGGCGCACGACGUCCCAGUGUAUAAUUUUUCGCGCAAAUGCCCCUAUGACGUAAAGCGGAGCAUCUGCAAGAGCACCAACAGCAAAUGCAAGGAUGACAAGUAUUGUAAGGACAGGGGAGCCUAUUCCUGCCAGUGCAAGAAGGGCUACGAAGGCAACCCUUACCUCACCGGCGGAUGCCAAGAUAUCAAAGAGUGCGAGCAGAAAGAAAAAUAUGACUGCUAUGGCGACUGUGAGGAAUUGCCGGGGUCGUUUCGUUGCCGGUGCCCGGCAGGAACACAUGGCAACUAUACCCUACCUGGUGGCUGCGUCCACAAAGUGCGUGGAAACGGUAACUUGCGUUUAAUCAUUGGUCUCUCGGUUGCAAGUGGACCAUGCAUUUUACUGUUGGUUCUUGGUGCACUCCUAAUAACCCGUGCUCUUAAGCAACGCAAGGCUGAUGCAUUGAGAUGGAAGUUCUUUAGUCAGAACCGUGGGCAACUAUUGAAGCAGUUGGUAUCUCACAGGGCAGAUAUCGGAGAGAGGAUGAUCAUUUCAUUAGAAGAGCUAGUGAAGGCUACCAACAAUUUUGAUCAAACUCGCAGGCUCGGUGAAGGAGGGCAUGGCACCGUCUACAAGGGGAUCUUGUCGGACCUGCAUGUUGUGGCCAUCAAGAAAUCAAAUAUUGUUGUCAAGAGAGAAAUCGACGAGUUCAUAAAUGAGGUUGCCAUACUCUCACAAAUCAACCAUAGAAAUAUUGUGAGGCUCCGUGGGUGUUGCCUCGAGACAGAAGUCCCUUUAUUGGCUUAUGAGUUCAUUUCCAAUGGAACACUCAGUGAUCAUCUUCACAGGCCAGAACCAGGAUCGCUUCCUUGGAAAGAUAGGUUGAGGAUCACAAGUGAAAUAAGCAAAGCUCUCGCUUACCUUCACUCUGCUGUUUCAGUCCCAGUAAUACAUAGAGAUAUCAAGCCUUCCAACAUACUUCUUGACGAUGCAUUGACAGCAAAAGUUUCAGACUUUGGAGCUUCAAGAUACAUUCAAGUGGAUCAAGCAGGAACAACAACUGCAGUGCAAGGAACUAUAGGGUACUUAGACCCUAUGUAUUAUUAUAAUGGGCGCCUCACAGAAAGUAGUGAUGUUUAUAGCUUUGGAGUCCUUCUUGUUGAAUUGCUUACUAGGAGGAAGCCAUCUUUGUAUAGAUCCACCGAAGGCGAUGGACUUGUCAUGCAAUUUGUGGCACUACUUGCAGAAGGUAAUCUGCCCGAAAUAUUAGACCCACAAGUUGUAGAGGAGGGGGGUAGCGAAGUGAACGAAGUUGCUACUCUAGCUGUGGCGUGUGUGAAACUAGGAGCAGAGGAGCGGCCAACCAUGAGGCAAGUGGAGAUGGCGCUUGAAGCUCUCCAAGCAACCAAGGAGAUUGUCUUGGCUGAUUUGGUAGAAGAAAUAGAUGAGGUGUAUGUAGCAACGGGCUAUCCCUCGACCAGCCAACAAGCAAAGAAAAAACAAAAAGAAACAAGCAGGUGUUAUAGCCAAGAAGAAGAAUUCCUGUUAUCCGCGACAUUCCCUCGAUAG